GCUGGGGAUGCCCCCUGACAGGGGAGAGCACUCACCCUUGUUCUACCUGUCCUUACCUCCUGCUCUCCCUGCAGAUGAGCCCCGAGGCUCUGCAGCAGGGAAAUCUCAGCAGCCCCACCAUGUUCCUUCUGUUGGGAUUCUCCAGUGCCUACGGAGCAGAGGUGAUCCUCUGUCUGUUCUUCUCGCUCGUUUACCUGGUGACAGUGCUGGGGAACCUGCUUAUUGUGACCCUUGUCUGGUUGGACACCCACCUGCAAUGCCCCAUGUAUUUCUUCCUGGGCCACCUCUCCUUCCUGGACAUCUGCUGCUCCUCCGUUACCCUCCCUAAGAUCCUUGGAGACUCCUUCUCACCGCUGAAGACCAUCUCCUUUGUGGGCUGCAUCACACAGAUCUACUUCUUCCUUUGCUUCGGGGGCUCGGAGUGUGUGCUUCUGGCUGCCAUGGCCUAUGACCGGUACCUGUCCAUUUGCCACCCCUUCCACUACCCCAUGCUCAUGAGCAGGAGGAUGUGCCACUGCUUAGUGGCCGUUUCGUGGCUGAGUGGCUCCCUUUCAUCUCUGAUCCAGGCCUUCCUCACAGCCCGCCUGCCCUUCUGCGGCUCCAACGUCAUCGACCACUUGUUCUGCGAGAUGCCCUUCCUGCUGCAGGCAUCCUGCAGCCCCAAUGCCCCCCUCAACAAGGCCACCUUGUAUGCUCUGGCCGGGACUAUAGCGAUGGGCUCCUUCCUCCUCACUCUUGUGUCAUACGCUCACAUCAUCGGGGCUGUCCUCCAGAAGGGAGUGGCGAUGCAGAAGGCCUUUGCUACCUGCACCUCCCACCUGACCGUGGCGUCUCUGUUCUUCGGCACUGGGGCUGUGGCGUACCUGGUGCCUCACUCCAGCGCCUCCAAGGAGAUGGACAAGGUCCUGGCCCUGCUGUACGCCGCCGUGACCCCCAUGCUCAACCCCAUCAUCUACAGCUUGCGAAACAGCAAGGUCAAGGGUGCCAUCAGGAAAGCCCUGUGCAGGGGGAGGUUACAGAUGUCCACCAAGGGUUCAGGCAUUGCCACUGAGCGACCUCCACGCUCCCUGAGGCAGGGAUGCAGCUCUCAGUGA